GUAAAUUCGAUAAAAAAAAAUUAGGUUUUUCAACGUUAAACCCCCUCCCUCUUCUCAGGAGGCAGGCUUGCUGUGCCCUCUCAGGAUUCUGGAAGGAAGAGUCGAAGCAAGGACCCUUGCAGUUUUAUCCACUUUCUCGAUUCGAUCAGAGAAACAUGCUGUUCUUUUCCUAUUUCAAGGACUUGGUGGGCAGGGAAGUGACAGUGGAGCUCAAGAACGAUCUGGCUAUCAGAGGAACGCUUCACUCUGUCGAUCAGUACCUCAAUAUCAAGCUCGAAAACACUCGUGUUGUCGAUCAAGACAAGUACCCUCACAUGCUCUCAGUCAGGAACUGUUUCAUAAGAGGAUCUGUUGUUAGAUAUGUUCAAUUGCCUCCAGAGGGUGUUGACAUUGAUUUGCUCCAUGAUGCAACAAGGAGAGAAGCUCGGGGUGGCUGAAAUUCAGUUGAAACUGUCUCACUUAUUUGGAUGAACAUCUGAUGUAGAUGUAGUUGUAGUUUAAACACAGCUGUUUUGACAUUCCAAAUGUUGUAUGUUUGUCCUGGCUACAAGUUCAUGAAAAUUGAAGCUCACUUCUAUUGACUGGGGCAAAUUGCUGUUGGGUUUUGUAUGACAAUUUAAUUUCUUGAGAAAAUUGUUUACCUGCUAUGUUGAAGUAAA